GUUCUGGCAAAAAAUGUUAUCUUGAAUUCCUAGUUCUGCAUUCUACGUGCGCACCCGCUGAUUUCAGGAGCGGGAUGGAGAAAUUGGCAGUGGCGCAGACGGAAUACCCAACUCAUUGGCACCAUUCGGGGUAACAGCGGUAAAGACAACCGUGCAAACCGACCGAAACCUAGCUGCAAGGCCACAAUAUUCGCGAAAGUAGAAGUUUUGUCGCUUUCAUUGACUGAAUAUACUCUAUCUCUUUCCAUUCACAGUCAAUGAGCUACGAUGAGGAUGAGCGAGGCGAAGAGGAUGUGCCCGCGCAAGUUGCCGAAUUGGCGAACGCGAGUGUUCCGACCAAUCUGAAAGCGGUCCGGGCUUGCAAACGUUGCGGUAUCCUCAAAACUCCGGAGCAGUUUUUGGACGAUGGGUGCGAGAACUGUCCAUUCUUGCACAUGGCGGAUGAUAUGCAACAAGUGAACAAGUGCACGACGGCGUUUUACGAAGGACAGGCGGCAGUGAUGGACCCACGUGAUAGCUGGGCCGCCAAAUGGAUACGCGUGGACGCCUAUCUUCCCGGUGUUUAUGCGAUCACCGUUACCGGGAAUUUUGAUCGCGAUAUCGAGGAAGACUUGGAAAACAGAGGGAUAAGAUGGCGGUGUCGACCGCCUCAAAACUAAACAAGCUAUGUCCAAUUCUUCUUUUCUUGGACAGUGAAAAAGACGCCUUUAAACUAGACUAGCAAUAAGUAGAUGCUUUGCUCUUUGUGUGCU